UCCACCCCGACUCUCCCCUCCACCGCCAACUGACUCCGCCCAUCGACCUCGCCGACGCCCCCACCGCUGCUCCGCGGGUUCCUCACUCACAGUCGUCGCGCAGAUCAACCCGGGGGCAGACCUGCGCGCCCAAGUGUUCUCUGGGCGGAACACACCUCGCCCGCGACCCGGAGCCCAUGGACCAACCGCGUCACAGGGGCAUUACUGUGGCUAAGGUUUUGGGAACCAUCAAGCUGCGGGAACGUUACUUCGAUUGAAUGAAGCAUCCCUGUCAAGCAACGGAGCCAUAAUUUUGUUUUAUUGGAAAUACGUCUUUAAGUUUUUGCAAGUCAUCAUCAGUGAACGGAACUAAAUAUAUACAACAGCAAAGUGAAAACAAAGCAAUGAAACAGUGAAGUGACUUAAACGUAGAGGAAAUCCAGGCCAGUCUGUGUGAUAUUAUGUGAACCGAAAAGUGUGUUUGGAAACAAGAAUCAAAGAAGCUUAACCUUGCAGCCAGUUAUCGAAAGAUUCUGAGAAGUGCAGUUGUCUCGAGGUGCGUGAGGCGUGCCAAACGACGACAUCCUAUGCUUAUGUCCUAGCAGAGCAGCAGACAUGAGUGCACUGCUGGGGCCUUACAGAAAACUAUGAGAGUAUUAGCGAGACCAACGUGCAAGAGUGUUUUUAGUGACGGUGACUGUGGUUGAGGUGCCUAUAUUGUACGAGGCACCCUGAACCCCUAGGCAAGGUGGGGCGUGUGAGGGGUGAGUGUAUGAGCUGUGGUGGCCGUCUGAAGAUGGGCCCUACACUUUGCCUCCCCCUGCUGCUGCUGUGUCUGGUCGUGGCCUCCUCGGCUCAAGAUGGCCCGCCGGUACUGCGGGAGCACCCGAGCAGCGUGGUGGUGCGCCGCAACGAGCCCGUCACUCUCAACUGCGCCUCCUCGGGGGCCGCCCGCAUCAGGUGGUUUCGUGACGGCGAGGAGGUGACCACCUCGCCGCAGGACCCUCGCGCCCACCGCGUGCUGCUGCCCGCCGGCUCCCUCUUCUUCCUCCGCGUCACCGCCACCAGGAGGGAGAGCGACGCCGGCACCUACUGGUGCGUCGCCUCCAACAGGUACGGCGCCACGCGCUCCCGCAACGCCACCCUCACCGUGGCCACUCUGUCCUCCGAGUUCCAGAGCGUGCCGGAGCCCGCGGUGAAGGCCCGCGUCGGGGACUCCGUCAGUCUGCCCUGCCGGCCCCCCAGGGGCACCCCGCAGCCGGAGGUCACAUGGCUGCGGGACGGCCGCCAGGUGAGUGACUCGAGCCGCGUCCACGUCACGGAGGACGGCGACCUGGCCAUCAGCAAUGCCGUGGAGAAGGACUCAGCGGUGUACGUGUGUCGCGCCCGCAACGCCGCCGGCAGCCGUGAGGCCCCGGCCACGACGCUGUCCGUCAUGACGCCGCCCUGGUUCGAGGAGCAGCCGGCCAACGUGACGGCGGCGUCGGGCGUGGUGGUGGAGCUGGCGUGCCGGGCGCGGGGAUCGCCGUCGCCCAAGGUCACGUGGCGGCGGCUGGACGGCAAGAUGCCACUGGGGCGCGCCACGCUGGAGGAGACGCGGCUGGUGCUGCAGGAGGUAGCGGCCGCGGACUCAGGCGUGUACGUGUGCGAGGCGGAGAGCGAGGCGGGCCGGGCCGCCGCGCGCGCCACGCUCACCGUCGUCGACGCCCCGGAGCUGACGCAGCGGCCACAGCACCUGCAGGUGAUGGCGGGCGAGGACGCGAGUGUCUCGUGCCGCGUGGAGGGCGAGCCUCGCCCGAUGGUGGUGUGGCGGCUCCCCACGUUGGACAGGACCGCUCUCCUUGCCCCCGGCCAGAGCAACGGCCGCGCCUCCGUCAGCGAGGACGGGCACACGCUGCUGUUGCGCCAGGCGGCCACCGAGGACAGCGGCACUUACUACUGCUGGGGCGUGAGCACUGGCGGCGGCGUGAGUGCCUGGGCGGAGGUGGUGGUGGUGCUGGCGCUGCCCCCGCCUGUGGUGGGCGUGGGGCCCCAGGACCAGGAAGUGGCACCCGGGGGCGUGGCGACCUUCCGCUGCGAGGUGGUGAGCGAAGCGGCGGAGGCGCAGGUUACCUGGCACUACCGGCCGGCGGCCCACCUUCCAGCACGUCCCCUCUCGCAGGGCGACGCCGCCCCCGACCCUCGCCUGUCGCUUCCCGAUAACGGCGCCCUCAUCAUCAAGGACGUUCGCCCGGAGGACGCCGGCAUCUACAGCUGCCACGUGGAGGCGUCAACGGGCAGCGUGGAGCAGAGCGCGGCGCUGCGCGUGUCAGAAGAGGCGGGGGACGCCGAGCCGCUGCCGCUGCUGCCGGCGCCGCCCACUAAGCCGCGAGCGGUUGACGUGAACGGGACUGCGGUGCGGCUGAGCUGGCUGCCCAACUCGCAGGAGGGCGGCGAGUGGGCGCAGUGGUACUCGGUGGAGUACUGGCGGCGGGGCUGGCCGGAGUGGCGCGUGGCUGACGCCGUCACCACGCAGGAGUCGUGCGUCGUGGACCAGCUCGCCCCCGGAAACACCUACACCUUCCUGGUGCGAGCCGUCAGCAACCGCGGCGCCUCCUUCCCGAGCCCCUGGUCGGACCCGGUGACAGCGAGGUCACGCCGCGAGUCCGGCCUCGACGCAGACCAGGUGCGUCAGGCCCGCCGCCGCCUCGGCCGCCCCGUGCUCACCCUCAGCGGCGCUGCAGCUACCGCACCGGACAGCGUGCUGCUCACCUGGGAGUUCCUGGCCCCGAGCGAGGGCGCAGUGGAGGGCGUACUGGUGUACUCGGUGGCGGAGAGCGGCGGCGGCGACGUGCAGGUGGCCACCGUGCUGGGCGCCGCCGCCUCCUCCUCCUCCCACGCGGUGAACGGCCUGCAGCCCUUCACGCCCUACACCUUCUUCGUGGUGCCUUUCUGGCGCAGCGUCGAGGGCACGCCAUCCAACUCCUACUCCCUCACCACCCCCGAGGACGUGCCGUUGGAGGCGCCCGGCGACGUGCGCGUGGCUCACCGCGAUGAGGGCUCCGUCCUCAUCCAGUGGUCGGCCGUGGAGGGCGCAGCGGUCCGCGGGCGGCUCCUGGGCUACCGCGUGACGCUGAGCCACAACGGCAGCCACAGCACGCAGACGGUGGCCUCGCCCUGGCUGGAGGCGACCGGCUUGCACUCCGGCCGCCUCUACACCGUGCGGGUUUCAGCAAUCACCGGGGCGGGGGCGGGGCCCUCUAGUGACCCAGUGCUGAUCGACGCCCGCAGCCUCGAGGAGGCCCAAACGGCGGGGGACGGCGUAGGGGGCUCGGUGCUGUACGCGCCGCCUCAGCCCUCCUGGCUUGCGUACUUGCUGAUUCCCCUGGUGGUGGUGCUGUUCCUAGCAACCGCCUUCUACGUGAGAAGGCUGCGGCACAAGGCGCCGCCCUCCAACCCGCCCCACGCCCCCUCCCUGUACCAGGACCCGUCCCUCUGCCCCGACCACCACUCCGUCAACAUGUACAGCGAACACAAGCUGUGGCGGCCCUCGGAGAGCGACAAAGACUCCAGCCUGUCCUCGACCCGCCUCCUGCGGCCCGACCAGCUGAACAACGAGUACGCGGAGCCGCGUGUGCAGCGGCCCAACGAGGCCACGGAGCCCUACGCCACCACGGCCCUGCUGGCGCCGCCCUCGCCCCACCUCCAGCAGGGCACGCCCUGGCGCCACCACAGCGACGACUCCGGCGUGCAGGUCAACUGGGCCGCCAUCCUGCCGCCGCCCCCGGCCUGCCCGCCGCCCCUUGACCUUGGGGAUCUAUCUGUAUGCUGUCACCCGUACAGGGCGCCCAGGCAUUACGCCACCACCCAGUGUGGCCUGAUCGGGGAGCCACAUUACGAGCAUCCCGAUGCUCGCCGCCCCUAUGCGCGGAUAACGCCGCUCGAUCGUCCCACGGACAUGGUCACUUUCAGUUCCCUGGACAGCCGCAGUUCUAUCAGGUCUUCUUCAUGCAGCUCCCACGUCUCCCAUCCUACGCCGCUGCCUCAAACCGACACUAGCUAGCUCCCAUCACCCCUUCCGUCUCCCUCCCCUUCAACCUCAAGUUAUCAUAAAGGCAAGGCGUGCCCGCGGCGGAGGGAGGAGCCAGACGGGAGUGUCGCCGGGAGGCAGGUGAGGCCUCGGCCUCCCACCAAGCACCCCCUCAGUAACCCAAGACCUGGGGCGGCCCGGCCUGCAUCCCGUUGCGAGGCUUUGCACAGGCUGCUCCCACAAUGUUGCUAGUCAUUAGGUGUACAUAUUUAUAUGGAAAAAUAUUUUUAUAACAUUUUUCAUAA